AUGCAUUUCGUCAUCUUUCGGAAAUUGAACCGUCAUCUUCUGAUCCAUAAGCACUUAGAGAAAGUUCGGAAGUUGGAGCCGCCGAAGGCGGGAAAACUGGCGAGCUUCGUUCCGUUCGGGACUGCAGUGGAGCAGCUUUGUGAGCACAUGAAAGCAGCCGAACUGAAACAGCAUCUUGUAAAUCCACUACUGAUCCAGGAUCUAGUGGACAAAUUCCCAGACAACGAGAAACGUGAGUGGGUGCGCUACAAAAGCGGCAAAAAGCGGGUGACACUACGAAUUUUCUCCAAUUUUAUUUCGGAGAUUGUUUCCGAUGCCUGUGAGGCUAACGUGUGCCUGGAUUACAAGCUGCUGAGCAAACCCGUUGCGGAAGUUCAACCUGGAAAAGGGACGAAGGAGAAAGGUGCAGUUUACAGUCAUCGCGAAGGUUCGAGUGGGGUCGACAACGAAGAGCGACGGAAGCAAAAGCCGUGCGAGCGUACGGAUCACCGACUGCGAUACUGCGAAGACUUCAAGAAGCUACCGUAUGUCGACCGGAUGAAAAUAGUGGAUCGUUUCAAGCUGUGCCUCAAUGCGCACGGAACAGCCCAAUGCAAGUUUAAACUGCGGUGCAACGUCGGCGAGUGCAGAGAAGCCCACAACACUCUCCUACAUCCGGUGCAGCGGGUAGUCAGCGCUCAUAUCCGGGCCGACAGUUUGACAUUGUUUCGGAUGAUUCCUGUGAACCUUCACUGCGGCGAACGGACGGUUACAGUUCUAGUGUUCCUGGACGAAGGAGCAUCAGUGACGUUAAUGGAGAAAAGCCUGGUAGAUCGACUGGGAGCUGUCGGCAUCGCGAAGAAGCUAACGAUUAAGUGGACGGCCGAUAUCGCACGAUUGGAGGAGUCCCGGCGGUUGAAUCUUUGGGCGUCGGCGUUAGGUGCGGAUGAAAAACUGUUGCUGAAAACCGUUCGUACGGUUGGGAAACUAAUGCUGCCCCAACAAAAGCUGAACGCUGAAGAACUGUCGGACCAGUACGCCUACAUGCGCGGACUACCGAUCGCGUCGUACAACGGACGGCCGGAAAUGCUUAUCGGGUUGAACAACAUCCACACGUUCGCCCCGAUUGAAGCGAAGAUUGGCUCCGUAGCAGAUCCGAUUGCAGUGCGAUGUAAACUCGGCUGGACUGUCUACGGGCCGAGGCAAGCAAACGCAGUUGAAGCAAGUGGAGCUUACCUAGGCGUUAACCGUAAAAUCACUAACGAAAGUCUGCACGACCUUCUAAAAACCCAUUACGCUUUGGAAGAAUCGGUGCCAUCCGAUGGCCUUGAAGAGGUUGAAGCAGUUAGAAAAGAAGCUGGAAAAGGACCCGGAGCUACGCCAAAACGUUGCCGACAGAUCGACGAGUACCAUGAAAAGGGGUACCCGCACUUGGCGACGGCAGAGGAACUCGCCAAAACGGAACCAGGUAAGGUAUGGUAUCUUCCUUUAAAUGUCGUCCAGAACCCUAAGAAGCCAGAGAAGGUGCGGCUCAUUUGGGAUGCUGCCGCCGACGUACAAGGUGUCUCCCUCAACUCCAAAUUGUUGAAGGGACCCGACAUGCUUGUUCCCCUGAUGUCCGUCUUAGUCGGUUUCCGAGAGCGUAGAAUCGCCUUUGGCGGUGACGUACGUCAGAUGUAUCAUCAGCUCCAGAUGAUCGCUCAAGAUAAGCGCUUUCUACGGUUCCUCUUUCGCAAAAACGUUCAAGAUCCUCCAAGUGUCUAUGUAAUGGACGUUGCCACGUUUGGGUCGACAAGUUCUCCUUGUUCGGCCCAAUUUGUGAAGAAUCGCAACGCGGAGGAGUUCGCCGGACAGUAUCCGGAAGCGGCAGCAGCAAUAAUACAUCGCCAUUAUGUCGACAACAAUCGAGCUGCAUUUGAGGGAGUAGUGCGAUGCAGUCUGGUUAUGUCUCUGUCCAAAGUAGCCCCGCUGAAACGCCAGUCGGUUCCCCGACUGGAGCUGAUGGCCGCCGUCGGUGCGCGGUUGAGCGAAUCCAUCCUGACAACGCACACGUUCAAAAUCGACCAGUGCGUUUUCUGGACAGACUCUAAGACCGUGUGCAGUUGGAUCCGCUCUGAUCAGCACAAAUUCAAGCAGUUUGUUGCGUUCAGGAUCGGAGAAAUUCUGGAACUGACACGAGCGAUGGAUUGGCGGUGGAUUUCAGCGAAGCUCAACAUUGCCGACGUCCUGACCAAAUGGAGUCGGAAUCCGAUACUACAGAGCAACAGUGAGUGGUUCACCGGUCCAUCAUUCCUGCACCAGUCCGAAGAUCAAUGGCCAUCUACCGAUACGCAGAUUGGUGACACUACCGAGGAACAUAUGGAUUGCGAUCGCAAAAAGAAUGGUAGGCGGAUCAUCACGACGAAGGCGACAGAAAAGCAACGGCUGCUGAUCAAAGCUCAGUACUCUUCGGUCCACAAGCCUCUUAGCCAGGAGGAAUUCCAGAAGACCGAGAUCGUUCUGUGGAAACAAGCGCAGUUCGACGGUUUUCCAGACGAGAUGAGUGUGUUGACGACGAACUUGACACUGAAGCCAGGGCAGCAACCCGAAAGGAUAGCGAGAUCUAGCAGCAUCUAUAAGCUAACACCGGUCCUAGAUCAGGACGGAAUUCUACGGAUGGGCGGCCGAAUGGAGACGUCGACCGACAUGCCGUUCGAUAAGAGAUUUCCUAUCAUCCUUCCUCGAAAGCUCGGGCUGACGGGAAAGCUAAUUCAAGUUUACCACGAGAAAUUCGGACAUGCCAUUCGGGAGACCGUGGUGAAUGAGCUUCGCCAGCGGUUCUGGAUCCCGAACAUCCGAAGUACAGUUUUCCAAGUAACGCGACAGUGCAUUUGGUGCAAAUUGCAUCGCUGUCUUCCAGUAGUUCCACGGAUGAGUCCGCUUUCGAUCCAGCGGGUAACAAUAUACCUUCGGCCAUUUAGCGUGGUGGGCAUAGACUAUUUGGGUCCCAUCGAAGUGACCGUCCGCCGGAAGAAGAUGAAAAGAUGA